UAACCGGAUAUCCGGACCUGUAAAAUCCAAAAUGGCGUUUUAUCAUACUGCUUGUUUUGUGAUCACUGUGAUGGUUGUCUGCAAUGCCAUCUUAUAUCCCACUAUAUUCAGCUCAAUCUUCCGGCGUUGGUUCGGCGAAGCACCUCCGAAGCCAGAGAAGGAAUCAGUUCCGGAUUACCCCCCUCACAUGAGGCCUAAUGCUGGGGUGCGUGGAGGUGCGGCAGGGAGGCUGAGACCCAACCCAGGCAAGCCCUCUAUGUCUGGAGGAGGAGGGGGAGCAGCAGGGGGCAGUUCAGGUGGGGUCGAUCCAUCGUCUUUCAUGGGUCAACAGGCGCAGGAAUCCAAAGGCAGAGGCAUGAUGGGAACUGUACUUCCUGUCUAUGCUGUAGGAAUCUUCAUCUACUUCGGCUAUGUGAUCUAUAAGGUUUUCCUGCGUGACAAACCCUCCACACCCUCCACCAGACCAACCUGGGGCUUCCCAGACAACGUGGCUCAGCAAGAAGGACCAACCCUCCAGAGACAACAGCAAGAGAGUCUACAGCGGAAGCUAGCAGCAGAACUCAAAGCAGCUAACUAUCCUGAAUUGAAAAAGAGUGAUAAGAGAGCUGCUGAGGUCGCCGCUACUGUCGCUGCUGCUACUGUUGCCGCCACUGGGGAUAGCUCCAACUCGGCACCGGCAGGAUCGACUGAAGAAGUUGAUAUGUUGAAGAAGCGCCUGGAGGAGACAGAGAAGACAAUGCAACGUAUGAUGGACAUGAUGAACUCAAUGGGUGUGGCUAUGAGCCAAGUCUCUCAUCAUCUAUCAAACGAUAAGUCUGGAUCACCCACCCUGCUUCCGGGCUUCAGUGAACCCAAGGAGGUCGACGACCACGACAUCGAGGACGAUGACCUGCUUGACAUCGAUGUCGACAAUCUGAGCGACGAGGAAGACCUCAUCAUCGGCGACAGCAUGGAUCCCUGUGGGAGCUCCGAUGAGGAAAACGACGUGAGCACAACAAAGGAUGAUAUGGACGACGAUGUCGAGAGAAGACGGCCGAACAAGAUGAACAUUGUGGACGUGGAGGCGGACGAUUACCAUGAUGAUGACGACGAUGAUGACGGGGAUGUCGAUAGCGAUGAUGAGUCAGAGGUUGAGAACAUAGGAGUAGAAGACGCUCUGACGUCAGACACUCUUAGACGAAGGAAUGUUAAAGGAGGCGACUCUGCUGCAGACGGAUCGCGAAUCGAAGGAUGAUUUGUCUUUUUGUAUUGAAUCUUAACCAACAAAUGAUGCCAUGUUAAAUUAUUUUUAUUGUACAUAGUACAUGUAUGUACAAUAUUUAAUGUGUAUAUACCAUGGGUUUGUAUGGGGAGAAGUCUUGAUGACUUUGAGUCUAUACUUUAAUUUCAUCUCUAGUUUUGGAAAUGAUUAAACAAAAUAUAAAUUAGGUAUUGAAAAAAAAUGACAAAUCUGCAAGGAUGAUUUCUCUCCAGUACAGACACAGACCAGGACGUGAUUGCCAACAAAAAUCUUGUUAUUUAAACUUUAGAUCUUUUUCCAGCUUUGCUAUGAAAGUAGAGAGCAUAUUUCUGAUACUUUUAACAUACAUUUUUCCUGGAUUCUCUAUUGUAAGACCAAAAGAUUUAGUUCCGAGAGGAGUUCAGAUUCGUGAACAAGGCUAUUGGCUCCCAUUUGCAAAAGUUUCAUGUCUAAAAAGUUUCUGGUAUAACAGUAUAACCACUGUACUGGACUUUGCAUGACCUUAUUCACUCCUUUUGAAAGAUCUUGUUCACUCCUUUUGCAAGACCUUAUUCACUCCUUUUGCAAGACCUUAAUCACUCAUUGUGCACCAAGUGUAAAAAUUGCAGAUGAUUGCAUCUAUACUUUGAUUGUUCUGGGCCCUGUUUCAUGAAGCUUGUUAGCAGUAACAAGUUACAAUACCUGUUAUAAGCUACUGAAAUCAUGGCAUCUGAUUGGCUGAGAGCAA